CGGCUGUAUCCCCACCGACUCCUCAUCCACCAACAACCAUGUCCGUUCUAAGGGAAUGGCAUUUCGGCACUGCCUCUCUAUAAACACGCACAGCAUCCUUUCAAACUCCGUUAUGCGAGCAAGCCAGUCAAACGUGUUCUAUACUGAGUAAUUGGCAUGAUUUGUUGCAGUAAUCUGUCUAAAUCAAGGCGUCAGACUCGCUUCCCCUCUUAGGUUGUGCACGGAGGCCUGCACUGAGUUAAAAUGAACUAUAGUGCAUUUUUAACCACUGCAGAAUUACCGUUUACUGCACUGCGCUAUUUUUUGUUUCUCACAAUAAUGCAUUUUAGCGAGACUUACUGCGUGCUAUCACGCUUGACUGUGUCGUGUUAUCUCCCACGCUGCCAGGGUCCCGACCGCACCGGCUGAUCCGCUAUUGUCAACAUCUGCAUUUCCCCAUCUUCCAAUCGCUUCUUUAAGCUUUCUCUGCCAGAUUUUUUAUUGUUUGAACCUGUCUUCUCCCAUCAUCCUUCUCCCAUCCCUACCCAUCCACCAUGAAGGCCUGGUUGCAAUCAAAUAUCGCCUACUACACUGGUACAGCUGAGCCUAUCUAUGGUCGAGAGGCCAUUGAGACUGUCGAGGAGGUCGUCGGUGACAGCAACCCGUUCCAUGAACUCGAGCCCAUCGACUACCAGUGGGAUACUCCGGCAUCGAGCCAUGUGGAGACUGAGACGUUCUAUAUAAAGCCUGUGACGGGCAACUACAUGUGUUUCGUGCAAAUCAUCCACUCGAACCUCGGUUCCUGGACAACCACUGCUCAGGUCGUGUGCCGUGUGUUCGAUUUGAGCAACCCAGAGAACGACUUGUGGACGUCGACUAACUUGAGCGAGUUUACCUUCGAGGACAACAAGCAGUCGUUCAAGGCCGACAAGGUUUCUUUCCAGUUGCAGCCAGACCGUCGCUCCUACAAAGUCCAAUGUUCGGUGUGCAUGGACUCUAUUAUCGAUUUCACGUUUGAGCGUCUUGCACCUCCAUUUAAAAUCGGAGAGCAUGCAACGACGUCCUACGGCACCGACCACACGAAGCCCUGGGCUACUAUGAAGCAUUCCUUCUGGCCUCGUGCCUCUGUCACUGGCAGUAUCGUCGCGCAUGGAAAGGUGAUCGAUGUUACGGGAUCGGGUAUGUUUGUGCAUGCUCUUCAGAAUGGUAAGCCACAGCAUCUGGGUUGUGCUUGGGAGUUUGCCCUUCUCCUGCACUCCAAGUACACUGCUGUGAUGAUGCAAUUCAAGACCCCUCCCAGCUAUGGCUCUGCCGUUGUUAAUGUCGGCGGUAUAGCUACGGAUGAAGGUGUCGUUGCAGCUACCGUGAAGAAUUCCGUCGUUCACAAGGCCACUAAGCUUGAUCCCGACACGGAGUGGCAGGAACCAACCCGCAUCGAGUAUGUGUGGAGCGGUAAAGACGCCGAGACGUUCACAAAGGAUGUGAAGCUUGAGGUUGACGCUGAGCUUGGCCGCCGACUCGAGCGGAUAGAUGUGUUGUCUGAGAUACCUUCCUGGCUGAGAGGCUUCGUUCAUGGUAUUUCUGGCACAAAGCCCUUUAUUUACCAAUACAACUCUCCUGUCACCUUCUCUCUUACCAUUGGUGACGAGGUGAUUCAUGAGGAUGCUGUUCUGUUCAAUGAGACUACCUUUAUCUCGUAAACUGUGUAUUCGCCCAUGUACGCAACGUGAUACUCCUGUGAUUCGUGUUCAAACACGGCGAGGGAAGGAGAGCAUGUGGGUUACUGACAACACCUCCCUUGUAUCCCCAUCAUAAUUUUCAAGGGUGACUUCCGGUAAAGAGCUAUGUACUCGUUGUCAACGUGUCUUCGCGAGGCAUGAAGUGGUCGUUGUCGCAUCUAUAACGAGUUGGAAACAUUUGUGCCGUGGUCGCCAUUACUCAAACUCGUCAACUUCUGCCUGGAUAUACAUAUACCUGUCUAACUUAUUGUCUCGGAUGCAACUUUUUUCUUUUAAUCUGACAGGGCAGGCAGUUGCACGGGGUCAGGAUUGUUGGUAUGUUAGCAGCAGCCGGGUGAAAUGUUUUCCAAAUCAAUGUAAUUUACCAUGUUGCUGUCUACACUCUCCACGAAUUGAUAAUUCCCUCAGAAAAGGCUAUGUCUUUUUAUUCAGUUUAUACUUUAUACGUAUGUAUAAGUUGCAUCGCAAUAAGCCGUGUUUUUUUUUUGAGCAAUC